AUGAGAACGGAGCUAGGGUGCCAAAUACUCGAAGCGGAAGAGCACGUAUUCAAGCUGUACUGCCAGACACAUGAGUGGGAGUACUGGAGUCCAAUUCUACAAGAACCUGUUCCCCUGAUGCAGGUAUUGAGGGGACUUCAAACGGCCAUGCCGUGGCUGCAAGCCCGCGUUCAAUGGUACGAAAGAAAGUACCCUGGACUUCGUGAGCAGUACAAUACGGAUAUGGGACUGCAGAACAAGACUUCUGCGGUGGUAAGGCUGGAGGAUGGUGGCAUUUAA